CCUCCUCUGAUUGGACUCUUAAGGAUGUCGAUUCCGACGCCAUUGAUGCUCUGCAGGUGGAGUUAAGCCGCAGUAGCAAGCAAAUGGAGAUUACUUAUGUUGUCACUCUCUAUUCAGAAAGUAUGGCGACCGCCGUGAUCGUGAAGAACACGGGACCUAAGCCGUUGACGCUAAAGAGCGCAAUUCUAAGUCAUUUCAAGUUCAAAAGACGAGAUGGAGCAGCCAUCCAGGGGCUUCAAGGUUGCUCUUACUGCGCUCACCCGCCUCUAUCUUCCCCUUUCGAAAUAUUGUCUCCAUCGGAAGCAAUGAAGGCYGACGACCCCGAGUGGUUCUCGUUUGGCUCUGAGCCUCAGGAAAAAGCAGGCUCAUGGAGCCUCCAAGAUGUGCCCUUCACCAUGUUGAAGAACAAGUUCAGCAGAGUUUAUGCCGCCCCACCGGCUGAGAGACUGAAGCCCAUAUAUCAUACCACACCUUCAAAGUAUGAGACUCUUGAUCAGGGGCGAGAGCUGUUCUUCAGGGUGAUAAGGAUGGGGUUCGAAGACAUAUACGUAUCAAGCCCAGGUUCAUCAUCCAACAAGUAUGGCAAAGACUACUUCAUAUGCACUGGCCCUGCUUCCAUGUUGGUUCCUGUGACUAUAAAACCUGGUGAAGAGUGGAGGGGCGCCCAAGUGAUCGAGCAUGAUAACUUGUAAUUAAUUCUCUCUUCAAAAUCUACAUUUUACCCAAAUUCACUGUGAACAUUACACCACAUGAUCAAGUACAAGUAGCAGCCAAAAUUUACAUAUGCUCCUCCAUUUUCGAGGACUUUAUUUGUAA